GUUGAUAGAUAGAGCUCUUUUGUUUUUAAUUUCAGAAAUUCGUCUGCCUAAAUCAUCGCAUACGAAAACGUGGCUAAACUGUUCAUUUUUCUCUUAGUUAAAAUGAAUUCACGAUGAAUUCUUUACACUUGCUAUGGCUGUGAACAAAAAAGAAAGCGAUUUCGAUAUUCAAGACGCUUUUGAUUCAUUAUUAGUGUCUGAAGACAAUUUAGUGGCAAAAGCUUAUGAAGAAGGAUUACUUCAAGGAGAAAUAGUAGGAUUUCAAGAAGGAUUUGAUUUAGGACGUCAAAAAGGGAGCGAAAUUGGGUCGGAAAUUUUCUUCUAUCGUGGGUUUGCUAAAAGUUGGAUUGCUUUGCUAUCGGGUGAUUUGAGUGAAGCUUUCAAACAACUACUGGAAUUGUGCCCUGUUUCCUUAAAUUGUGAUGUUUUACAUGAGAUAUAUCAAAUUGAACUGAAAAAUAAAACAGAAGAGGCAGAUUCAAAAUCUCUGAAAGCAUUGACAAAACUGCUUACAUUGCUGGAACGUUUCCCACAGGAAAAUCCAAAAAAUCAAGAUAUUGUAAGUUUACUUCAAGACAUUCGUGCCAAAUUCAAGCAUUGCUGUGCUAUCCUCAAAGUUGAUGCUAGCUAUUCUGGUAAUAAUCAACUGAACUUUUGAUUUCUAAAUACAAUAUGGGAACAAAA